CAACUUGUAUGCGCCAUCUCAUUGUUGUUUCUUCCUCCCCUUCACCGUCGCAUGCCCUGCCGAUGUCAUUCGCUUAAUGCUGUAUUUCAGUAUGAGAUGAUCUGAUCGAAUCGUAGUCACAAUCCUUACCGUCCAACGAAGCUCGAUUAUUGCCUGCAACCAUGUUGCUGAUGCCAUUGUUGUUCCCGGCGGCUGCGGUCGCAAUCACCCUCGACAUCAGCUCGCCGGCUUCGAUCGCCUCCGCCGCAGGCACGGCAGCAUACAACAUGAUGACUUACUACACUGGCAACCAGACCGGCCAAGUACCCGGUAUCCUUCCUGGCUCGUUAAGUUGUAACCCCAAGGCCGACGGGACAUACUGCUGGUGGGAGGCUGGUGCAAUGUGGGGGUCCUUGAUCAAUUACUGGCAAUACACAAACGACAGCACAUACAAUUCGAUCAUCUCCGAGUCGUUACAGUUCCAGCGUGGACCUGAUAAUAACUUCAACCCUCCAAACCAGUCCCGCAGCAUGGGUGUCGACGACAUGUUGUUCUGGGCCUUUUCGGCGCUCGAUGCUGUCGAGUCCAACUUUCCUCCUCCAGAAGGCAACGAUCCUUCAUGGCUUGCCCUUGCGCAAGGUGUCUACAAUUUCCAAACUUCUCUAUGGGACACUUCGACUUGUGGCGGCGGCUUUCACUGGCAAGUCUAUUCAUUCAACGCCGGCUACAACCUGAAGAUUGCCAUUGCCAACGGUGGCAACUUCCAGCUUGCAGCGAGACUGGCCUAUAUCACGGGGAACACUACCUAUGCGGAUUGGGCCAACAAGGUCUGGAAUUGGAUGGCAUCCAGCCAACUAUUUGAAACCCAGGGGGACAUGCUUUACAUCUGGGACAGCACGGACAGUAACAACAACUGCACCAAUGCCGACAACCUGGUCUGGACCUACAACUAUGGAACUGUCCUGGCUGGCGCCGCGUACAUGUACAAUUACACUAAUGGGAGUUCGACCUGGGAGAGCCGAGUACAACAAGUUCUAUCGAGCACGUUCAGUCUGUUCUUCCCAUCUGAGUAUGGCGGGAACGUGAUGACCGAGAUGGAAUGUGAGAAACAAUUGAAUUGCGAUCAAGAUCAGAAGAGUUUCAAAGCGUACCUGUCACGUUGGCUCGCGGUUACUGCGCUCCUAGUGCCCAGUACUGCAAGCCAAAUUAUGCCAAAACUACAAGGAAGCGCCAUGGGAGCUGCAGGACAGUGUAGUGGCGGCGGAAACGUUUGUGGUGAACAGUGGUAUUCAACGACGUAUGAUGGUCUUACAGGCGUUGGCGAAGAGAUGAGCGCGAUGUCGAUUUUCGGAGCAAACCUGAUCAAUUCGAAAAUGGUCCCUCUAUCUCUCAGAACCGGUGCGACUUCGAAGAGUGAUCCCUCGGCCGGUGGCUCAGCUGGAAGUAGUCCACCAGGUGAACUUGCGAAACCGAUCACUACCGCCGAUAGGGCUGGUGCAGGCAUCCUGACGGUGAUUGUCUGCAUUGUGACGGUCGGUGGUGCUUGGUGGCUUAUUACCUAAAAGGCGUCACAUCGUGUAGUUGGUACAGGGCAUAGUCGUUGUGAGAGUUGGUUUCUCAUCGAUACUCCGACGACACAAUAAAUUAGAUACCCUUGAAUUUGAAAGCGAUGAAAAUGAACCGAGAGACAGA